GUACUUCCUGUUUCAAAGUCCAGCUGCUAACAGACCAGAUACACAGAUACAAGUGGAGAUGUUCUGCUGCAGCUUCACAUCAGUGUUUAUUUAUUGUACUGCGUCGUGAGUGUUUGAGCAGCAGAGAGACAGACAGACAUGCAGCCGUCUGUGGAGUCUCUGGUCCGACUGCUGGAGUCAUACAGAGGAAGAGAUAAAGUAAUCCGGACGUUCUGUUAUGGCUCACAGCUGGUCGGAGGAGUUCUUUCCCAGAAGGCACAAACCGACGUUUCAUCCCACCGGCUCGGGAAACGUCUGCUGCUGUUUUCUGCUCAGCUCAGCCACUGCAGGACGGUGCUGAGGCUGUUUGAUGAUCUGUCCAUGCUGGCUUACUCCCACAGCUAUGGAAUCGGAGGCGGGGAGGAGGACGCAGGCGUGCGCUUGGUAUCGGUGCUGACCAACGUGGCCGACCAGCUGUACUACCCCUGUGAGCACAUCGCGUGGGCUGCUGACGCUGAGCUCAUCAAAGUGAGGUCUGAUAAGUGGUGGCUGCUUAGCACGGUGCUGUGGGGAACCUCGCUGCUGCUGGGAAUACUCAGAUCGCUCCGAGUUUUGCUGCUACUGAAGAAGAAGCUGAAGAGAUAUGAGAUGGAUGGAGGUGGCAACAGCCGCUCUCAGCUCCGCAGACAGAUGCGAAGGGAGUCACUCUCCAUCCUCAGCAGCAUGGCCGACCUCAGUAAUGCCAUUCAUUGGAUGCCGCCCGGCUUCCUGUGGGCUGGACGAUUCCCCAACUGGCUGGUGGGGCUGAUGGGCACCAUCUCGUCACUGAUUGGUUUGAUCCAGAUGAACGCCGGAGACGGUGACGGGACAGAAGGUCCAUAGUCUUUACCUCUCAUGAGGAAUAGAUCAGGUGCUUUGACUGAAUGACUGAUAUGUACUUGUGGAAAAUGCUGAGUGAAAGGAUGAGCAGCAAAUAUUUAAUUUGAUCAGACUGUACAGAUAUAUGAACGUGAAAUCAUCUGCACCUAUAACUGUGAAUAGUCAAAGUAGACUUGUAGCCAAUCUUACAAGUGCUUCAUCGAAUGUGACUGAAAGCCUUUUGAAAAUGUGGCAAAGAAAGUUAAAUUCCAUUAAAAAGAAAUACAUUUUGAAAUAUA